AUGGGCUCCGUCCUUAAGAACUUCCUCGGUCUCUCCAAAGCCAGGGACGAGAACACAUGCCCUGUUUCCCCUCAGAGGAAGCCCGUCAGAGCUCUUCCUGCUUCAUGGUACCUUUCCGAAGACCUCUAUCAGCUUGAACGACGAGCCCUCUUCUCCAAGAAGUGGCUGCUCACCACUCAUUCAUUGCGUAUUCCCAACGCUGGCGAUUGGUCCCGCUACGGGAUCGCCGGCUACCCCUUCAUCCUUGCUCGCGGCUAUGACAACAAGAUCAAGGCUUUCUACGACAUCUGGGGCGAUCGGUUCAACGAUGAUCUCGCAAAGUCUCUGCUGGCCAAUGAAAGCAAUGGCCUCGACACCAUCCACGUCCACACUGACGUGAACGCUUUUAUCUGGAUCAACCUGGACGCCGGCGAGCAGCCCGAAAUCUCCUGGGAACGCGAUUUCAAAGACAUCGACCUUCAGCCUCGCUUUAAGCACUUCAACUUCGAGGACUACGUGUACGACCACGGCUGGGAGAUGGAAGGUGCAUACAACUGGAAGCUUUUGGCCGACAACUACAACGAAUGCUACCACUGCUUGACGGCACACCCCGAUGUUCCUACCCUGGCAGAUCUCAGCUCUUACGAUGUGGACACCAAGGAUGGCAGCAUUAUCCACUUCGCCAAUGCCGGGCAGGAGACUAUCGAUGCCGGACUGGAGAUCGCCAGCACGUACUACUUCCCCAAUGCCUCGAUGACUGUCUCUCCCCACUUCUUUUUCAUGCAGCGCUUCGUCCCAACGUCACCAACCUCUUGCGAUAUGCUGUACGAGGUUUACCGCAAUAAGAGCUCCAACGAGAAGGACUUUCAACUGAUCAACGAGAUGUAUAAGCGCAUCAUGUCGGAGGACAAGUACCUCUGCGUCGAGGCACAGAAGAACCUAUCCACUGGUGUCUUCGUCAACGGGCUCCUGCACCCACAUAUGGAGAAAGGCCCCCUUUACUUCCAGUCCGUUGUGCGCGACAACUUAAUGGAGCAUUUUGAGCGCGAGCAGGAUGCUGGAAGUCAGAUCUGGCCUGCCCAGGUUGAUGUGAAGAAGGCUCAGAUGGAGGCUUUGGUGAAGGAGCAGACCAAGGCGGAUAAUUACUUGCCGCUUGGUUAUGAGGAUGUCAAGUCCUCCGUGGGAAUAACUUCUCAUAUCACCGAGACUGCUGUCUGCUAG